AUGAACGAUUCCGAAGAAUCGGCGAACAAGUCGGCCUACUGGCAAGACUUUUGCGUCCCGCGGAGCGAAAUUCGGAGGUACGAAGAUCCACGGAUCCCCGACUUGAGGAAUGUAACUUACGGCAUUGUCAUACCGGUCAUAUGUUUUUUCGGCAUCUUCGGCAACGUACUCAACUUGAUUGUCCUCACGAGGCGCAACAUGCAGGGAACGGCUUACAUUUACAUGAGAGGAUACUCAACGGCCUCGCUGCUCGCCCUGGCCAUCUGCAUCUCGUUCACGCUGCGCGUCCUCACCCACAGGGAUAACCUCGGCUGGUCCAGCUGGCUGCAGGCCUUUUACCACGUGCACCUCGAGCUCUACCUCGGCAACAGCUGUCUCGGCGUGAGCGUGAUGAUGCUGUCGGCGCUGACGCUCGAGAGACACGCGAGCGUCUGCCAGCCCCGGAAACACCGCCGGCCCGUCUGCGGUCCGCCACGUUGGACCGUCCUCGUCCUGCCGUUGGCGACUUUCCUCCUGUACGUGCCCUACGCCUUCAAGGCCAAAAUCCAGAGGUGUCUCCUCGCGAAGGCCGUACUCUACCGCAGACGGGAGAACUCGGACCUGCUGCGCUCGCUGGUUUACAAGGUGUACAGGGUGCUGCUGGAGACGGGGUUCAAGGUGGGCCCAACCGUGCUACUGGCCGUGCUGAACUUGCGGAUCGUGCUGGCGUACAGGCGCACGUGCGAGCGCCGCCGACGAUUGACGCGUCGCAGCGCGAGGGACGCCAGAAGCGUGUCCGAGGAGCGUAGGCUCGUCAUGCUGCUCGGCAGCACCAGCUUGCUCUUCCUCGUCUGCGUCAGUCCCAUGGUCAUCCUCGACCUCACCCUCAACGAGGCCAACCUCAGCAUCUUCUCCUACCAGGUGUUUCGCGCCACGGCCAACCUGCUGGAGGUGGUCAACUACUCGCUGACCUUUUACAUCUACUGCCUCUUCUCCGAGGACUUUCGGGCCACCCUGCUGCGGACGUUCAAGUGGCCCGACAGGAGCCUAGGCUCGGGGAGCAAUAGCCCGAGCCCCGAGUACAUCGCCAACACGCCCCCUCCGCUCUCGCCGCGCCGCGGCUAA